AGCGUUACAUUUGCGUUUUCUAGGGUUUAAAAUCAAAAGAUUCAAAACUAUACCGUGAUCUAGGUUUUCUACUGGGACUUUCUCGGAAACCAGUGGAUUAGCCGGUGAAAACGAAUCUCUGGCUCCUGCAAUUGCAUCACUAUUCUAAGCGUUCAGGCGGCUUCACCAUGUUAAAUAAUUGCAACAACCUUUUGACGCGCAUAGAAACAGCUUGCGGAUCUUUGCUGUCUGACUUGGAGAAAAUUUGGGAUGAAGUAGGAGAGUCUGAUUCUCAAAGGGAUGCUUUUUUGCUUGAAAUUGAACAAGAGUGCCUGGAAGUAUACAGGAGAAAAGCAGAAAAGGCAAAAGAAUCUAAAUCUCAACUGCAGAAAUCAAUUGCUGCCUCUAAGGCAGAAAUUACAAACAUCUCUGCUGCAUUAGGAGAUGAAAAGACACAUUUUGAUUUGAAGGCUGGAAGAAGCUUGAAGGAAGAGCUUCAGUCCAUUAUUGCAUUGCUAGAGGACAUGAAGAAGAGGAGAGCGGACAGAAAGAACCAAUUCAUUGAAGUUCGUGAGAAAUUAAGGACUAUAUCUAAUGAGAUUUUCAGAUCUACAAAAAAUAAUCUACAUAAAAUUGAUGAUAACGACUUAUCGAUCAGAAAACUUGAAGAAUUACAAAGACAGUUUCGUGAACUUCAAAAUGAGAAGAGAAAUCGUCUUAAUCAGGUACUAGAACAAAUGGACUCCCUAAACUCAUUGUGCAUGGUGCUCGGUAUGAACUUCAAAUGCAAAAUAAGAGAGAUCCACCCCACUUUGGACGAUCCUGAAGUGGAAAAAGAUAUAACUGACGAUACAAUUAAGAGGUUGGGGACUACAAUACAAAGUUUGCGAGAGAUCAAAAUACAGAGAAUGCAGAGGCUGUAUCAGCUUCAGGAACUUGGAACUUCACUGUUGGAGCUCUGGAAUAUGAUGGAUAUUCCAAUUGAGGAGCAAUGCGCAUUCCACAAUGUUACAAGUAAUGUUGCUGCCUUAGAACCUGAGAUCACCGAGCCUAAUAUGCUUUCAAUGGACUUCAUUAAUCAGGUUAAGGAGGAAGUAACGAGGCUAGAGCAGCUCAAAUCGAGUAAAAUGAAAGAAAUUGUCUCGAAAAAAAUGUUGGUCCUAGAGGAGAUGUGCCGAAAGACCCACAUGGUGACGGAAGCACUUAGUGCAUUGGAAUAUUCUGUUGAAGCUAUAGAAUCCGGAUCUGUGGAUCCCGUGCUCCUGUUGGAACGAAUCGACCUUCAAAUUGCAAAGGUUAGAGAGGAAGCUUUCAGCAGAAAGGAAAUACUCGAGAAGGUGGACAAAUGGUUGGCAGCAUGUGAAGAAGAGAGUUGGCUGGAAGAAUACAACAGGGAUGAUAAUCGCUACAAUGCUGGAAGAGGUUCACAUCUUGCUUUAAAGCGUGCUGAGAAAGCUCGUACAGUACUCAACAAAAUUCCUGCAAUGGUUGAGACAAUGACAUUGAAAGUAAAAGCUUGGGAGAAAGAAAGAGGGAUUCAUUUUCUCUAUGAUGGUGGUCGACUUCUUUCUAUGCUUGUUGAAUAUGGCAAUCUAAGGCAAGAAAAAGAGCAAGAAAGGCUGAGACAAAGAGAUCAAAAGAGACUUCAGGUACAGCUGAUAGCAGAGCAGGAAGUGCUUUUUGGUUCGAAACCCAGUCCUACAAAGAGUGGAAAAAAGACAUAUAGAACACCAUCAGGAGUUGCAAGUGAUCGGAAAUUCUCUCUUGGUGGAGCACUGUUUCAGAAUUUAAAAGCUGAGAAGGUCGCUCUUUCUAUGCAUCGUAAUAAGAGAGCUGACUGUCGGAAUCAAGUUGGCUCUUUAAAUCACCAGCAAUCUGGCGGUUUUGCACCAAAGUCCUCUGGCAAAAGAAAUUCAGAGAUAGCUGGUCAUUUAGUGAAGAAGCACUCCUCCAGAGCCAUGAAAACCUGUGAAAUCCAAUCACCAUUGAUUCGGAAACCGCUUUCUCCUGUUUCAUCCUCAAUGAUGGCGUCCAAGGCCAACAUUGCAAAUUUUAUUGAAGAUCAGGGAAAGACACAGAAUGGAUUGUUGCAGACAACUAUUCCAAAUAUCAAGAAGCAGAUGGUAACACCUUCCAGACCAGUUUUCGUCAGUGAUGAAGAGAACAAAACCCCAAUGACUAUGCCAAUUCCGGUACCAACCACACCCUUAACAUCAAUUCCCAUGUUAGUAGCCACAACACCAGCUACACCUGCUGUUUCACUUGGUCCCAAAAGACUGGAACAUGUUAUGGAACAAAUUGAAUGCUCAUUCGAAGAGGUGAGACUUAGUUUUGUGCGUGCAAGAGCUCAAUCGUGAUGCUGAUAGCAAGUGAGACAGUGGCAGCAAGGGAUGAACUUGGAACAAGUUGUCAUGAAUUUGUCAAUCCUUAUAAGAAGUCAAUUCUAAUUGGCUUAGUGAUUUCCCAGUUCUUUUCUUCCAUUUUUUUGUGUGACAAUACUAAUUAUUUCAUUGCCCAUUCUACGUUUCAAGGUGAUGAAAUGGCUAGACGAUUCACAAUAUACUGUGCUUGGAAUGAUUUUCGGCCGAUUCAAUGCUAGUGAUGCAUUGUGGAGCAAAAUUCUGGUAGCAUGUUGCCUGAAUAGGCUGAAAGGGCGUGGAGAUGAAUGGUCAUGUGUGCUUAGUUCAUCGAUUUCUGUGGUAAUGUGUGCUUAGUUCAU